AUGUUCAACCAGAGAAGCAAGUCACCAAUAUAUCCCAAAGGAAAACCAACAGAGGAAUCUUUAAGGAGAACGAUAAUAGAUUUACACGUGCAAGUGAUGUCAUACAAACAAAUCGCCAACCGAACCGGUAUGUCCAAGUCUGGUUGUCACAAGAUCGUGGCAGAUUUUUCCUCCACAAACUCAACGGCGCCAAAACCGAGACGUGAAACAUUGCGUCACAGGAAAGUGACCGAAAAUGUUAUACGAUUAAUUGAGUAUGAGAAAAAGAAAAAACCUAGUAUCUACUGCCGUGCAAUACGAGACGAUUUGCUGAAAAAUAACAUAUGUACUGCAGAAAAUCUUCCUUCAGUAUCGAAGAUAAACAAAGUUGUAAAACAUAAUUUGGAUAUGUCUCAUAAAAAAAUCCAACAAACUCCAGAAGAAACACUAAAACCUAAUCACGAAGACACUGUUGACAGGUUCUUAGCUAAAAUGAUGAAUUUUUCUCCACAGCAAAUGCAUGUUUUUGAUGAGGCUUCGGUUAUUUCUACUUCGGGAAACCGCACAUAUGGACAUAGUGCUGUGGGUACGAGGGCCGUGGAAGUUCAGCGAUACGCAAGUAAUGUAAGCCUUAUAGUUAACGUGUGCAGUGGUUAUUUUGGAAUAGAUUAUUAUAAUCUUCUUAAUGGACCAUCCAAUGCGUUCGAGAUGAUACAUUUUUUCGAAGAGGCCUUACAAGAAACCAAUGACAUUGGAAAUCCUAGGUUUUCAAGGGGUGACGUCAUUGUCAUGGACAACUGCGGAUUUCACCAUCACCGCCAAGGAGAACGGAUAUUAAAGGCCAUGCUAGACAAUCGUGGCAUUUCCUUGGUCUGCCAGCCCCCUUACAGUCCACAGUAUAACGUAACGGAAUGUGUAUUUCAGACCAUGAGACAUCGACUACAUGCAGAGCCCCGAUUAGUAUCAGAAUUUACUGAAUUGGCGGUUGUUAACGCACUUGAUAUUCCAAAUCCAUAUCUAUGUCGCUUUUUUGAGCAAUGUGGAUAUGUGUAA